AUGAUGUUGUCUAAGACAUUCACAAAAAUGGACGUACACACCUUUCUGUUCGGAUUUCUUGUUCUUCAAACGAUUUUGCCUUUAUCCUCUGGACGAGGAAAAAUGGUUGAACCGCCUCAACGUUCCAGCCUCUGGAGACACGAGGAAUGGUACGGCAAACCGAUGGUAGCCACCAAUACAGAUGACGGAGGACUUAAUUGUGGAGGAUACUGGAAACUGCAUGAAGUUAAUCAACACAGAUGUGGGCUAUGUGGUGACGCGUUCGACAACAAAGACAGACCUAACGAGGCAGGAGGAAGGUUUGCUCAAGGUUACAUUGCAAGGACGUAUUACCACGACAAAAAUAAACUAAUCAAUGUUACAGUCGACAUCAAAGCAAAUAUUGGUGGCUACUUUGAGUUUAGACUCUGUCCUAAUAAUGACAUACAUAAGAAAAUAACACAGGAAUGCCUGGACAAACACCAUCUUGUCAUCAACGGGUAUGGACACAGGUUUUACGUGGAAAGGGAUACUGUGUAUGAUCUUCAACUUAAGAUUCCUGAAGACCUCGUCUGUACUCAGUGUGUCCUGCAGUGGAAAUGGAAAGGAUCCCACUACUGGGGAAUGUGUGAUGACGGUUACGGAGGAAUUGGCUGUGGCGAUCAAGAAGAGUAUUACAAUUGUGCUGACAUAGCAAUUCUUACAUCUAACGGGACCCGGAACGUGACUGCUGAUAAAAAUGGAACUACGACUGUGAUUCCUGAAGUAAAUGACACAAAAACUAAUAAAUGGAUCUCCGGUCCGGAGAUGACUACACAGGCUUCCUGGGAUUCGGAAAAUGGACUUUCUACUCCAUCUUGGUUACAAGACCUGCUCCUUGUUGCAAGCGAAAUGGGAAAGCCGAAACGCCAUAAGAAUCAUAAAAAGCAUUCCGACACUAAAUCAGUUCUUGUGUCUGGUGCUAUACCUGUGUUGAAUCUGCCAAACGUUACGGCGACUCCGAUUCCAGUCCAUAACAUAACGACUCUUAACGGGAGUGAUUUCUACCCGAAUGUUACAUACGAGAUUGGGAACAGUACUGAUCAGACAAACAAUACUGCCGUUGAGAUAGGAGAGUCAGAAGAUCGCAGAAAUAAAUCGGUUAUGGACACAAACAUUUCCAAUCAAACAAACAUGGCUAACGACACGGAAACACGUCCAAAUUUAUCCAUUCCUUGGGUGGGUCCUGAUGAAAGUCUGACUGUUGGUAAAAAGCCCGAUACUCCUUUAGUCCAAGGCAUUCCUAUAUCUGACGCUUUUCUUAGGACUGACUAUAAUAACAAACCUUCCACUAACUUUCCAUGGGAAAAUUCUGUGGUCACGAAUGAGAAUUCGUUGUCAUGGAAUCAGCGUGUCCAGAAUACUCCAGGAGAUAAAACAUCUAAGACAUACUGGGCUGUGACAAAUGUUUCAGGAAGCAAUACUGUUGAUCAAACAGUAGAUCAGAAUGAAGUAAAUCAGAUCCCUAACACUUCCCCUCCGUCAAAGAAAGAACAAGCAACAACUGGAACGUUGUUCAAUCUUUAUUCCACUACGACUGGUGUAGGAAGUGGUAAACAGCAAACCUUAGGAUUAUCCACAACAGAAUCUUCCAUACCAGAACAAACGUCAGAUGCAGCGUUUAAGCAGAGGAUUGGACCACCCGGCAUACCGAUUUUUGCGCAGGAUUUUCUGAAUAUGGAGAAGGGAACUAUUUCUUCGUCUCCUCCGUCUACAUCAUAUACCGAUAUCAAACACAGUAGUCCUUUAUCAACGACAACGGUUGUCGGUCCAGGGGCAGAUGCAAUAAACCAGCCAGUAGAUGUCACCACAGUCACCAUGGAAACAACUGACGUCAGAGCUACCGAGUACAUGUCUACACUGAGACCCAAAUUUAAGUCUCCAAUAGACGAAUUCGCUAUUAAUACUGAAAACAUGCCCCAUAUUUUGAAGGAUAUCACCACACCCAAGCCAAUGACGGCACCGAAACAAUAUAUCACAACAUCCAUGCUUCCAUUUAUCUCUAAAACAGCUAGUUCUGUUUGGGAUGCUGAGAUGGGCAGUUUAAAGUCGAUUCCAACGAACGAUACUGACAUUGCAGUAUUUGAAUCAUCAAAUAACAGUGUUUCUGCCUGGAACUAUUCAAAGAACGAUUCCAUAGCACACGAGGAAUCGACAACUCAAUUGGAGGACGUACAUACCGCUGGUCUACAUGAUGAACUGAUAAACAGUACAACCAUCCCAUUCAUUAAUAUAUCAGAAGAGACCAAUGGACCUGCUAAUCAUACAGAGACUCCUCUCUCAACAAGUGUUGCUGAAGUCCAGCUUAUAAGCCCUGAAAUCUAUCCAACUACCAAUAUAAAUAUGGAAACAACACCAAAAGGAAUAAUACCCGAUUUCAAGACCAGCACCACCUCUACUAUCACGAACAGUCCAUUUGAUUUAAUCACAUCAACUGAUUCUAACUACGGACCAAAUGCUAUGGUAACUGAACGAAAGGGAGAUAACACAUUUGUAAGAAAUGAAAACGACCUGGACAUUCUAAUGCAAAACAUAACAGAUCUUCUUAAAAACAGUUCAGGGACAGAAAAUCUUAACUGGAUUUUAACUGGUCAUAUGACCGACAAGACCGGAAAUAGUGAAGGUAUUCCGAUCCCUACAUUCAAUCCAGCUGAAAUAACAGGAGAGGGUGGAAAUACAGUUAAGACUGAUAGCCGUAAGAACGACGUCAAUGCUCGAGCAGCAAUAAUGCAGACGUACAGAGCAAGUCCUAAAGCGGAAGUAGUUAUCAGGCCCACUAAUUUUUCUGCGCAAAAUAAAUCUGCGUAUCGCACUAAUAUGUUUACCGGUCCCUCAAACAUUAAGCCCAGUGUAACGACUACGGAGAGUUUAAUUACCCCAAGGAAUCCGACUCCGGGCGUUUAUUCUACAUUAGCCCCAAACGAUCUUUCGGCAAAUACAGGAUUUCAAAAUCAGCAAGGGACUAAACCAUCUGCUGGAUUUUCCUCGAAGAAAGGAAUUCAAGGAAAUACCUCACCGAUGAAUGAAAUCUAUCUCAAACCAGAUAUGAUCUUACCACGUGGAAGCAUCUCUUUUAAAAAUAGUGGGGAAAAGCAUGGGGAACAAGGUGCGAACAUUGAACCGAAUUUCCAUAAUAAUGGACAACUUUCCUUCGGUGGACAAGACAUAAUCGAUGCAGGAAGGACGGUUGGAAUUCCUCUGAGCCAAAUAAGACCAGGAAAAGGAGGUGUCUUGUCGGACGGCAGACAGAUCAUUUCCGGUCUUGAUUUUGUGGACACUGAUCUGCAGUAUGAAACCGGAAAUCGAACAAUAGCCAUGCCACUAGUUGGCAAUACAGUUGGAUCGCCAUCCAGACAAAGGUCAAUGACGUCAUCCAAACACGUUCAAAUUACAUCCGGUCAGACAUCAAUAUCAGAACAGUCACCGGUGGCAAUGAGGCAAAUUUCGCAUGAUAGACCCAUUGACAAAGUUGGUGGUUCGUCUUUCAUGCAUCCUCCACCGCCUAGUAAACAGCUGAGUAUGCAGCCUAGCAAAGUUAUUGAGGAAAUCAUGAGAAAAUUAACCCCUGGACAAAGUUUAAGAAUGAAUGAAAGACAACUAGGUUAA